GGGGCGUGCGGCUCGAGCCCCGGCCGAGGACCGGGUCGGUGUGGAUCGUCGGGCGCUCCGGGCCCCCCAGCCGCGGCUGCGAUUCGCCGCCCGCCCGCCGCCCGGCCCUGAAGGGAAGCGGGGAAGGCGGCGGUGGGGGCGGGGCGGCGUCGGGCUCUGGCGAGCUGGGGGCGGGGGAGGAGGAGGAGCGCGGCGGCGCCCGUGGCGGCAGUGGGAGAGGAGGAGGCGGAGGAUCGCCUUUCCUCUCAGACGCGGGAGCGUCCGGGGCGCGGAGCCCGGAACUGGGAGGACGCGGCCACUGCGGGGUCCGGCCGGGCCAGCAGGUUCCGUACGUCAUUUACCUGUGGUUAAUGAAGCAGGAGAGAACAGAUCACCAAAAAUAUCUUGCUUUGAUUGCGGGUGUUGGAGGGAGAACUAAGAGCUUGUUUAUUUUCGGUUGGACCAAAAGUUUCAGACUCUCGGGAGGAGUUGUGUCUUGAUGCUGGCUUCAAAUUACCAGGCUGUCUCAUACCUUCCAGAGUGACUUAAGAAUCACCCUGGAAAAAGAGACAUGAAUGUCUGCAAUGCCAUUUCCUGACAGGAGAAGGAAAGGAGAUCAGCAGCUAGCAAACUGGAUUUCGAACAAGCAGGAUUUUGUGUUCAUUGCUUCCAACUGCAGACUUGAGUUGCCCACGCUUAAACCAGAGAUACUCAGAACCCAGACAAGGCAAAAGGAUUUCUUUCUCCUGUGUUUUUUGAGAUCAACCGAACUGCAAUGUCUAGGAGACAAAGCCAGAAAGAUUCAUCAGGAUUCAUUUUUGAUUUACAGUCCAACACUGUCCUGGCUCAGGGAGGAGCUUUUGAGAACAUGAAAGAGAAGAUAAAUGCAGUGCGUGCAAUUGUUCCAAAUAAGAGCAACAAUGAAAUCAUACUGGUUUUGCAGCACUUUGAUAACUGUGUGGACAAAACAGUGCAAGCAUUCAUGGAAGGUAGUGCCAGUGAAGUACUGAAGGAGUGGACAGUGACGGGCAAGAAAAAGAACAAAAAGAAGAAAAGCAAACCAAAGCCUACAGCAGAAGCAAGCAACAGCAUGCCAGAUCCCAGCAAAUCUGCUUCCACUCACGAGGAGCAGUCUGCACCUUCCUCAGAAAAAGGCGGUGUUAAUGGUUACCACGUCAACGGUGCCACCAAUGACACUGAGUCGGCAGACUCACUCAGUGAGGGUCUGGAGACACUUUCGCUGGAUGCUAGAGAGCUGGAGGAUCCUGAGUCGGCCAUGCCAGAUACACUGGAUAGAACAGGAUCCAUGCUGGAGAAUGGGGUCUCUGAUUCUGAGUGCAAGCCUUUGAUCCUGCACCCCACUCAGAGCUCUCAGCAGGCCAAGAAUGCUGCCAGAGGUGCCUCCAGAUCCACCAGCGGGCCUCAGGUUUCAGCUCUGGGGAUGGAAGAUGUUCCAGUUUCUUCCACCAGUAAAAAGCUGGGUUCCAAUAUUGAAAAAUCAGUAAAAGACCUCCAGCGCUGCACAGUAUCUCUUGCGCGAUAUCGAGUUGUAGUUAAAGAAGAGAUGGAUGCUUCCAUUAAGAAAAUGAAGCAAGCUUUUGCUGAAUUGCAGAGCUGUUUAAUGGAUCGGGAAGUGGCAUUGCUGGCUGAAAUGGACAAAGUGAAAGCUGAAGCAAUGGAAAUUUUGCUCAGCCGACAAAAGAAAGCGGAACUUCUGAAGAAGAUGACUGAUGUGGCUGUUCGAAUGUCAGAGGAGCAACUGGUUGAGCUCAGAGCUGAUAUCAAGCAUUUUGUUAGUGAGCGGAAGUACGACGAGGAUCUGGGACGAGUGGCCCGGUUCACCUGUGAUGUAGAGACCCUGAAGAAGAGCAUCGAUUCAUUUGGACAAGUGUCUCAUCCAAAGAACAGCUAUUCAACCAGAUCCCGGUGUAGCUCAGUGACGUUGGCAUCCCUGGGGAGCCCAAGCGACACUUCUACUGUUUCCUCCACCUGUGCCUCUGCUCCUGGCCUUACAGGUGCUAACAAGAAAAACUCGGCACCAGGAGAGCCUCCUGCAGCCACAGCAAACUCCGGUGGCCGCCCCUACCUGCCUCAUCGGGAGGUAUUUCCAGGAAACAGGCGAGGAGCACCAGGCUACAGGCCACCAGGCCAGAAGUCCAGUGACCCAGCCAGCCAAGGGCGACUCGACAGUGCAGGUCGUUACAGAAAUAGCUCAUGGUAUUCUUCGGGUUCCAGGUAUCAGAAUGCUCCUCCCCCGGCACCAGGAAACACGAGCGAACGGGGCCCAGCUCACUCUGCAGGGAACAGCAUGGAGCCUGGCCCGCCCAAGCCCACGUUCAAAAAGGGGCUUCCCCAGCGCAGACCCAGGGCCUCUCAGCCUGAAGCCAUGAACUCCUGAGGGCAGCACAGUGGGCCUCACUCUUCUCUCCCAUACAGUUCAACUGAUAACUGGACUUUAGGAAAUUUACAGUUAGAUUUAAUAACAAAAGAAGUUUAUGCAUAUCACUUUUUGUGCCAUUCUAAGUAUUUUUGGUUUCUUCUCUGCUAUUUCUUUAUCAUUUUUGGAGGGGAAGCUGUUUUUUUCCCUCGCCCUUUCCCAGUGAUACAGAUUGAUUCUGAUUGGCCAUUUCCACCAGGAAUCAGAGGAAACAAUUGCCAGGCUUCCCAAGGGUGCAGCGUUCUCCCCGGUGUACCAGGUCUUCCAGGUGUCCAAAGAGGCCUCACUUGGGUGGGUCCAUGGCCGAGCCCGCCGCAGGAGGAGGGGUCAGAGCUUGUCCUGUCACCUCGGCAACCUGAGCAGAAGCCAAGGUGCCUGCGGGUCCCCAGCAAACAGCAGCCUGAGUGGGAGAGGUGGCGAGAGGGCAUGUGCAGCACUGAGGGGACACACAGUGGUGAAAAGCAGAGCGCACUGGGGCUGUGUGAGGAUUCUGCCCGAGGCCCGACGCACGGCAGGGUUUCAGCCUCCUACCAGGAGCCACAUCGUGACCUGCGGUUCCUUCACAGCGCCCGAAGCCUUGUUUCCUGUGCCUUAGACUGCAAACCAGUCUAGGGAAGUCUAUGGGAAAGUAGCAUUUAAUUCAAGUUAAAAAAAACAAAAAACAAAAAACAAGUAUUUCUCUGUUUUAGCGUUCGGAGAUUUGUUUGUUUGUAUUCCCCAUUUUCUGAAUCCUGUUCUGAUCCUGAACCAAAUUUAUAGCAAUAUGAUUCAUGUAAAUCUGAGGUGUUACCCAUCAAAAAAUUGCUGCAAUCAGCCUUUAUAGUUGAAUAAAUAAAAACGGCUGCGUGAAUGUU